CUUGAGUCUGACGCGGCGCCCUCAGCCACUGCCAGUGCGCGUUCCUCCUCUGCAAGCUCGGAGGCCCUCGCUCCACACGUUCUGCACAGCGGACACUUUUUCCAUAUCCAUGCAGAUGGCUUGAACUUACUUAUGCCACUACACUGCCGUCCUUUGCCCGCCUUCGCCACAAUAACUCGGCACAAAUGGCAGCUAUACCACCGCCUGUCAAUACUCCAUGGAGUGCGCGUCGGCGUGAGGAUCGUCAAGCGCAGGAGAUGAUGAGCCCGACCGACCGGAUGACAGGACACACAAGCAGGCUAGGUCAUCCGAGAUGCAGGCUCCCACAUACAGAUUAGAGGGAAGUAGGCAGAAUGGUGCAGUCGCCGUGGUGACAUGAAACGCGAUGCGCACGCCGAGCGCGAGCGCGCCGGGCGAAUGCCCAGCAC